AUGGCACAGUCCCAUAACUGCUUGUCUGCCCACUCUUGCCAAGUGUGCUCUGCCCGUGUGGACAUCCGUUCGGGGGACCUGUACUGGCUCGCAUGUAACCGGAGGGACAUCGGGGUGAUCCACGUGUCUGACAUGACCCCGCGCAUCCUGCACCGUGCUUACAGCAGCAUCCAGCACCUCUUCUUGGACUGGCAGCGCGGCACUCUUGCUACCGAGCAAGGAGUCUGCCCUGCCACUCCCUCCCCCUGUGACCACCGCUAUGAGAACAACUACAAGUACCACUGCUGCUCGGCCCACCACUUCCACCAUGAGACCUACCCCAAGCAAGACCACCACUGCCCUCACCACUACUCCUGUACCAACCAGCAAGGCUACCACAACACCAUCCACCACCAGCCAGUCCACGUCAACCAAAACCACCCCUGCACCAACCACUGUCCGGACCAUACCAACCAAGAGCACCACUGUGCGUCAAGCCACCACCAGAAGCAGCAGCAGCACAACCACCACCACAACCACUCGGUCCUUGCCAACCAGGACCAGCACCACACAGCCGACUACUACCACCCAGCGCCUAACCAGUCCUGCACGGGUUGUGCCACCUACUUCAUCCCUCCCAUCCAGCCCUGCACACCGCCUGACCCCAGUCCUCCAUCUGUUGUGUCCUCGCACUCAUGGGCCUUCCACUGUGCAAGCGGAGCGGUGUGCCUUGGGGCUGGGGAGCGCUGCGAUGGGGUGCCCCAGUGCCCCGAUGCCUCAGAUGAGACUGGCUGCUGGAGCCCCACACAGGAGUGUGCCCUGCGCUGUGACGGUGCCACCCGCUGCAUCCCAGAGAGCUGGCUGUGUGAUGGCCAUGCCGACUGCCUGGACCACACCGAUGAGCAGGGCUGUGUGCCAAAGGAGUGUGGCCCCGCCGAGUUCCCCUGCCAGAACGGGCAGUGUGUGGCCCUGGCCCUGCGCUGCGAUGGUGACCACGACUGCCAGGAUGGCUCUGAUGAGGAGGGCUGUGCCAUGCCCCGGCCACUGCUCUGCCGCAUGGGCGAGGUGGCGUGUCCCCACAGUGGAGAGUGUGUGCCGGAGGCCUGGCGCUGCGACGGUGCUCCUGACUGCGGGGAUGGCUCAGACGAGCAGGGCUGUCCCUGGGAGAAAGGGCUGUGUGGAGACCGGCAGUGGGGCUGCUCCGAUGGUCACAAGUGCAUCCCUGAUGUCUGGCGCUGUGAUGGAGAGAGUGACUGCACGGAUGGCAGUGAUGAAGCUGUCUGCCAACCUGCUUCUUGCCAGAGUGACAAGUACCAAUGUGGGCCGGGAGCCUGCUUGAAUGCAUCCUUGGUGUGUGAUGGCCAUCAGGACUGCGCGGACGGCUUAGACGAGGGGAGGAACUGCUCGGUGCCCUGCCAGCGGUCCUGCGGUCAUCUCUGCUACCCAUCACCCCAGGGCCCUCGAUGUUGGUGUGACUCAGGCUAUCGGCUGGCUGAUGAUGGUCUGUCCUGUAUGGACAUAGACGAGUGCACAGAGCAGGGUGAGGAAGCCUGCAGCCAGACGUGCCUCAAUACUCCAGGGUCUUACAACUGUAGCUGUCUCCCUGGCUACCUGCUGGAGCCCGAUGGCCACAUCUGCAAACUCACCGGACCAGAGGCCCUGUUGCUGGUGGCUGUGCAGUCAGAGUCGAGGGUCCUCUCCUAUGGCCUGCGGAGUGGCCGUGAGGAGGUGCUGUUGGCCACUGACAAGGAUCGCGUUGUCUUCUCGCUUGACUAUGACUUGGUGGAGAGGAAGAUCUUCUGGAUGGACCUGGCCACAGAAAGCAUCCGCUGGCAGGGCCUCGACUCGGGCAAGAAAGGCACACUGGUGAAAGGUGUAAAAUCGGACUGUAUAGCAGUGGACUGGCUUGGGAGGAACCUGUACUGGACAGAUGGGGCAGCAGGGCAGGUGCUGGCCACUCGUCUGGGGGCUACCUGGCAGGGGACACCAGAGUACACAGUGGUGAUGGAUGGAGACCUCGACCAGCCCCACUCCCUGGCCACUAUGGAUGGGAGUCAUCGGCACGUGCUGCUGGCCCGGGGGCUGGGCUGGCCCACUGCACUGGCCCUUGACCUCCCCACCUGGAGGAUCUUCUGGCUGGAUGAGAAGCUGGGCAGCAUUGGUUCUGCACAUCUGGAUGGCACCAGUGUGAAGGUCCUGCAGCUGAGCUGGGUCCGGAGCCCCUUCGCAGCGGCUGUGUGUGAGGGGCAGCUCUACUGGUCAGAGAGGAAGGCAUGGUCCGUGCAGCAGGUGGACAAGGCCAGCGGCAAGAACAGGACCGUGCUGCUCAAGAGGCACGGGCAGCCCCAUGGCCUCCAGGUCUACCUGAAGGACUUGCCCACAACGGCUGGAUCCCAAGGUUUUCCUCCCCACCGGGCCCUGCCCUUGGCCAAAGUGGUCCAACUGACAGCCAUCGACUAUGCAGUGAAAGACAAGACGGCUGGCAACCGCAGGCCCAGUGCUGCUGUGGAGUGCGCAGCCAUGGACGGCACCGGCCGCAGGGUGCUCUGGAAGAGAGCCCGGGCUCCCACUGGCCUAGCCUUUGGGGGUGCAGGCACCCGGCUGUACUGGGCAGACCGUGAGAGAGGCACUAUCAGCAGCAUUGAGCUGGACGGGUCCCGCUUCCGGGUAGUGCGGGAGGGACUGCAUGGCCUCUCACUCUUUGCCAUUGGAGAGGGCUUUCUGCUCUGGAGCACAACCUCAGCCAACGGCUCUAGCAGGAUCUGGCACAGCCGUCUGGAGCGGGCUGAGAGCUGGUGGUUCCCAAUGGAGCAGGAGUUGGUGGCCAUGAAGAUUUACAGCCAGUUCUCACAGGAAGGCACCAACGGCUGUGCCAAGAGCAACGGAGGCUGUGCCCAGCUCUGCCUGCCCAACCCUGCGGGGCGGCUGUGCCGCUGCUCCGCUGGCUACCACCUGGUGCGAGGGGUGGAAUGCAUGAAGGCACUGCCCUGCCCGGCCCCACUCCAGGCCUGCCCUGACCUCCAGACGUGCAUCUCCAGAGAGCAGGUCUGCGAUGGGCAUCCCAACUGCGCUGACGGCUCUGACGAGUCUGACUGUCCUUCCCUGGAGAUGGGGACCCUGAUCCCCAUGGUGGCAACAUCACGAAUGUCUCAUGUGGAAGAACAGAAACCAACCUUACCUACAGCUUCACCCAAGUCUCAGCAGCCCGGCCCCAGCCUGCCUGCAGCCCCUAGUCCCAGGGAGCGUGGACAGCCUUUCCUGGUACACCCCGGCACUGAGGAGGUGGUGGGGGCUGUGCCGUGCAGCAGUGAGAUGUGUAACCUACGUGGGGACUGCGCCAUCGAGGCUGGGCGAGUGACCUGCCACUGUGCCCUGGGCUACCGUGGUGACUACUGUGAGGAGGCAGAGGUGCAGCCUGUUGCAGGACCUAUUGCCCUAGGGGUGGCCGUGCUCCUGGUGCUUGCUGCUGCUGGUGUGGGGGCCCUGGCCUACAUGCGGAGGAGGGACAGGCGGAGAAGGACCUCAAGCACUGCCUCGACCCGAGUGCUGACCUUGUACCACCGUGAAAGCGACCCUGAGGAAGAGGAUGAGGAGGAGGAAGAGCUUCCUCCAAAGAGUGAUACCUUUGUGAAUGAAGCUUAUGAUGGGAAAGAGGUGAGCAGCAUCUGGAACAGACCCUGGAGCUGCCAGCCCCGCUAA